GGCAGGGGACUGGGGAACCCUGGGGUGUCCUGAGUGCUGGCAGGCAGAUCCUAGCAAUUCUGCCGUCCUGGGGAUUGCUUGGAGGCCAGGAGGCCAGCGGUGGUAAGCUGUGAGUCCUGAGCUAGCCGGCUGGGUCGGAGGAAGACGCUCAAGGCAGGGUUCUGGGAGGGGGGAGCACAUAGAUGGCAGGGUCAGCCCACAGGGGCACGGCACCUGCAGAAGGCACUUCCAUCUCUGUGCCCCUUUUCUCCUGGCAUCCUUACAUCCCCUUUCCCACUGGGAGCUUGGGCGGGACACCUACCCUGCGCACGCCCCUGGGGUCCCUGAUGCCGGGCAUCCCCUGGCUUCCAACAAUUUCCCGUACGCUGCUUUUGGAAGUGGCGGGCACCCUGACCUUCCCCGCUGAGCCUUCGGCAUCACUGACUGGGGCAGGCGUGGGGCGGGGUACGAGGAUGCGACAGGGACCGGGACUAGCCGGGUGGCCGCGCGCCGCCCCUAUUCAGCUUCUCUCGCGAUCCAGCUUCGCUCCCCCGCGCGGUCGUUGCUACAGAAACCGAGUAACAAAGGGCCGCGCGGGGUGGGUGUCCUGCGCGCGGCAGGGUGCUGGGUGGGGUCCUCCCGGGAGCCGGGGUGCCAGGACGGGGCAUCCGUCUGCGUGGGCGCCGCCCUUCCAGGCCGGGCUCCGCGGGCCCGGACUGCCCCGGAGCCGAAAGGCCGCGGAGCCCCGCCCCCGCUGCCCCAGCCCGAGGCCCCGACGUUGCCGUGGAAACGCGCGAGGCACGGGCAGACGGGCGCCAGGCAGGGCCGGCCGUCCCCCCGCCGCCCUGGCAGGUGCGCCCCCACCCCUCGGUGCCCCCCACCGGCUCCCGGACCCGGGGGACGGGCUCCCGAGGCCCCUCCCCGGCCGUGGAGCCAAUGGGCGUGCGGACAGCAGCGGGCAAGGCGGGGCGGCGGGCGAGGCGACGGCGGCGCGGAGACAGGCGCGGGCGGAGGGCGCGGACCGACCGGGUGCACCGACCAUGGCCUCCAAAUGUCCCAAGUGCGACAAGACUGUGUACUUCGCUGAGAAGGUGAGCUCCCUGGGCAAGGACUGGCACAAGUUCUGCCUCAAGUGCGAGCGCUGCAGCAAGACGCUGACACCUGGGGGCCAUGCCGAGCAUGAUGGGAAACCGUUCUGCCACAAGCCAUGCUACGCCACGCUGUUUGGGCCCAAAGGUGUGAACAUCGGAGGUGCAGGCUCCUACAUCUAUGAGAAGCCCUCUGCUGAGGGACCUCAGGUCACUGGCCCCAUCGAGGUCCCCGUGGCCUGGGCUGAGGAGCGGAAGGCGAGUGGUCCCCCAAAGGGGCCCAGCAAAGCCUCCUGUGUCACCACUUUCACUGGGGAGCCCAACAUGUGUCCUCGCUGCAACAAGAGGGUCUACUUUGCCGAGAAGGUGACGUCUCUGGGCAAGGACUGGCACCGGCCAUGCCUGCGCUGUGAGCGCUGCGGGAAGACGCUGACUCCGGGCGGACACGCGGAGCAUGCCGGCCAGCCGUACUGCCACAAGCCCUGCUACGGAAUCCUCUUCGGACCCAAGGGAGUGAACACGGGAGCCGUGGGCAGCUACAUCUAUGAUACGGACCCUGAGGGCAAAGUUCAGCCCUAGGCCCCCAGCCAGACCCCACCGGAGCACAUGGGCCAUCUGCCCCCUGCCACCCCUGCCCCAGGGCCCGCUGUUUGGCUCUCUGGUGAGGUGACCAGCUGCCCGGUGCCACUCCAGCAUGUCCUGAGUGCUGGGGCAGGGGGAAACUGCCCUGGGCCAACCCCAGACAGGCCCACCCAGCCACCUGUUUGCAUCUCUGCUGCCCAUGACCCUCUUCUGUGUCCUUGAGGCUCCAUGUCUGUAGGUCUUGUGGCCCCACAUGUCCCUGUGUCUGCGUGACCCUGGCUGGGUCUCUCUGGGGGCCACCCCACUCCCUCUCCUGCUGCCCUGUGCAUACCCCACAGGGUUGUUUAUGCUCCCCUGCUGGUGAUGGCACAGUGCCCCCCACACACAUCCCACAAUACACACACACCCUCGGUGUUCCAGAGGCACUGCCAGCCUCCCACACUGCCUUGCACAGCCUUCCUGACCUCCUCACGUGGUUCAUGCUCAACUGCUGGGAGUUUUGCCGUCAGUAAAAGGUUUCAGAGUUGCAGGA